AUGCUAGCAGAUCUACAGGAGGCCGCAGAGUUUCCACUGAUAACUAGAAGAAUGUUAGCGAAACCGUCAAGAAUUGAGCACCCCUGGAGCUCGUGGAACAUGGUAAAUUCCAACGAGUCCCUCUUCAUGGAGACCAUUAUCGUGCAACUACUUUCGCUUGUAGUGUUGGUUAUUAACAGCAAACCACUACUUUCAACGCAGCUCCCUGCGCGUGUCUUUUCUUCUUCUCACCUUCGCGUGGUAAAAGCGCAAGUGGAGGUGGAAGUGGAGAUUCCCUGGGAAACCCCAAUCGGGCAGCCGCUGUCACGGGGUGUUCAUGUCUCGUGUCUCCUGAUAUUUCCGAGGUCAUCGUCUGAUUGA